GUCAAAAAGGAAAAAAAUAUCUCCUUGGGAUAGUUUACGGUUGGAUAUGGACCUGAACACGCGUCACUUACGGCAAACUCUUUAUCAUUUUACACAGGAUGAUAAAAUAUGAACUUAAUAAAAAACACGUCGUUUCAGAUAGCAGGGUUUGCUUUGCAUUUGUUUACGUCGAAGAGCUUGUGGCGAUAGAAGGCUACACUACAGCUUUCCUUCAGAUGUUGACGCCUAAACCGUUUGGAUUAGUCGGGGAUCUCCGCUGGUGAAUUUCCCGUCCCGUCCUCCCAUCUGUAGAUCAGUAGAUGCGGCCAGCCUGUGAGCCGAUGAAUGUCGAAGUCUGUGAUUUUACCGUCGCCAAAAGGACUCCAUGUCUUUCUUGGACUGUUCCUGCAUCUCCCACACUCAGGUCCAGCCCAUGGACAUAGAGGAACGCUAUGAGGACAUCAGCCACCAGUUCCUGAGCUUUGACGGUUCUGAAUACACUCUGCAAGGGCCGGCAGGUGGCGAUGACAUCACAGGGCUGUCGGCCGAGCCAGCCCACUACCAGCUACUGUCCGAGCUGGGAAGGGGAUUCAACAAUCUGAGCCAAGUGAACAUGGCGCGGCACAUCCCCACCGGCCAGCUGGUGGCUGUCAAACAGACCAACUUGGAUGAGUGCACAGAGGAGGAGCUGCUGCAGCUCAUGAACGAGGUUCUGUUGUCUAAGCUGUUCCGCCAUCCCAACCUGCUCAGCUCUCGCCUGGUCUUUAGCUCCUGCUGCCAGCUGUGGGUCCUUACACCACUUAUGGCUUAUGGCUCUGCAGACACCUUGCUGAGGACAUACUUCCCAGAUGGCAUGAGUGAAUCCCUCAUAGCAUACCUGCUUUAUGGCGUGCUGAAGGCAUUGGAAUACCUCCACCGGAUGGGCUAUGUUCACCGGGGUGUGAAGGCCAGUCAUAUCCUGCUGUCAGGGGAGGGGCACGUCUACCUCUCAGGCCUCCACAGUGUUUACAGCAUGAUGCGCGAUGGGAAGAGGAUGAGAGCAGUGUUCGACAUGCCUCAUCACAGCCCGGCUCUGCUGCCCUGGCUCAGCCCUGAACUGCUGCGACAGGAUCUGCAUGGAUAUGGUGUGAAGUCAGAUAUCUACAGUUUGGGUAUCGUUGCCUGUGAGCUGGUCAGUGGGAGGGUUCCUUUCCAGGACAUGCCUCCCACUCAGAUGUUGCUCCAGAAGCUGCGCGGCUCCCACUGCUGCCUCCUGGACGUGGCUCCUUUCCCGCUCGGUGAGCUGGGAGGGCUGAAGGUGUCGCGGUCCGGGGUGGACUCCGGCAUCGGGGAGAGCGUGGUUACCGGAAGCCUGACGCACAGCGCCACUGCCCCUCCCACCGACCGACCUCAGAGCCCUGGGCCCAAGAACCACUCUGCCACUCUGCACAACCUGGUCCAGCUGUGUCUCCAGCAGCAGCCUGAUCGCAGACCAUCAGCAUCUACUCUUUUGACCCACGCUUUUUUUAAGCAGGCUCCAUUGCUGUCUGUUUUCUGUUGUGUGACAGGUAAAGAGGCACACCAGAGACUCUUUCCUCAGCCUCAUGUACCCAGCAGUGCCCCUCACCACCCCAGAGGACCCUCCAGUAUCCUGUCCCCCCGGCCCGUCUUGCCACUCUCCAACAUCACCUAGCUCUGACACCCCUGAUGCAGCGUGGGACUUCUAACCAGCAAGCUCAAGGCUGGCGAGCUAAACAAGACAAUCAAAGGAAAGCAAUGAGGCCAAAUUCUACUGUGCUUUACUUUUGUCAUUAUUAAAUAAUUGUCAUUAUUAUUAUUAGCCAGACUCUGAGCCUUUUAAAUAAUUUCUAGUUUAUUUUAUAUAUUCGUCUGAUGCAUAUGUGAGUUUGGUUUGUGGUUUAGUGAAGCAACUGUGAACGUGUUGGAUCAAAGAAGCUGCUCUUAUCAUACAGUAUAUUAUGAAUCCAUAUAAAUAUUAUUAUCAUCAGUUAGAUUAGAAGUCUUGCACUUCUUCUGAAAAUGGAGACAACAAGAACUUAAGGGUUAAGUCCACUGAAAUAUUCCUAAAAAAACAGCUAAUGGUGAUAAAAAGCAUAUGUCUCGUUUUAAUGAUGAUGACAGUUUCCUGUGUGACUAUUGCACAUGUUCCUCUGCUCCAGAUGUACAGGUGAAGUGAAAACACUACAUAUCUAGGUACUAAGUAAAUAACCCCUUAGUGUACAACCUGCGAGGGUUGAGUUUCCCUUUAAAUGUUAUACUGUAGUCGUACUGUACAUACUGAAAACCAAGCUAGGUUAGGUGCAUAUAUAUUCAUCUAUAAUGCAAAUCUGCAUUUUAUUAAUGAGAAAUCUGAUCUAAAGUCAAUACGGGCUCCCAAAUGUUUUGCUUAACUGCCUUGAUCUAAAACUAUUAUUAUUCUGGUUUCCUGUCCAGAGGGUUUCUGAUGGGCCACAUUGAAAUGUGUAUAUAUAUUGUCGGUGUAUAGUUGAAUAUAUAUGCACACAGUGUUCAUACAGUAUAUUGUCUUUUACAGCAUAUUAGCACAUACUGUAGGUACUUGCCUGAGUCCAGGUGACAAGGGGCGGACUGAGCUCACAGUACGAGCCUGUGGGCAGCAGGAUGUGUCUAGUACUGUAUGUAGGAGUUUGACUCCUUCAGCAGAGGCAGUUGGUAAAAAGCUUCCCUGACCUGAUCCUCUGUGAUUCUCCAAAAGAAGAUUUCUGCUGUGCUCUGUGACCACUUAUUCAGCAACGCCUUUAUGUUUUAUUGAAACCUGAAUAUGCUGACUCAUCUGUAACUGUGAUUUGUUGUAUUUUGUA